AGUUGAAAAAGUUUAUCCUUAAUUAUUUUAAGCAGUAAAUUGAAAAAGUUUACAGUAAACCUUAUCCUGAAAGCAUUUUUUGCGGCCAAUAAGAUCCAAUGUAAAUAAAUAAAAAUGAAGAAAAUAAUUUCACGCUAAUAAAAAGCAAAUAUUGUAAGACAAGUGCAAGAGCCACUCCUUUUGAAUGAGUACGUUUUUGUGUUGUGACUGUGUGAGUGUGUGUGUGUACGUGUGUGGUGUAUGUAUGAAAUUAAAAUAAAGGAAAGCAAAUUCCAGAGAAAAUUAAAUCCCCUUAUAAAUGAAAAAUUAUAUAUGAACUAUUAACAGAAAAAGAGGGAGAGAAGAGAGGCAUUUGAUGCUUGCGUGUGUGCAAGCAAUUGAAAAUAAAACAAAGUAAAUAAUAAAUUUAAUUAAACCAGAAACUGGAAAAGUUAUAUAUUAUUCCUUCUUCUAUAAGAGGCAAAAAAAGUUGCAUCAAAAAUAUUAAAUAGUAUAAGGAGAAGUAAAAAUUGCAAAACAAAGAAGAAAAAUUUCCUAUUUUGAUGCAUUUGAUUAAAUGAAAAGAGAGAAAUAGAAGCGCGUUGUAGUAGGCCGAUUGCACAAAGUGUAAGAGGGAGUUCAAAAGUCAACGUUGUCAGAAUAUCGUUUAUAGUGUUGGUGUUGGUGUUCGUUAUCGUUGCUACGUCUUAGAGAAUAAUGUGUGAAAUGUUGUAUUGCUACCGAUUAUAAGCAAAGUAUGAGUUGCAUGACUCACAUGACACAUGAGCAUCAAGGAACAUAACCAGAACGCCAAGACGUCAUUUGCAUAUGGACUCACUUAUAUUAAAAUCAUAAUAGGAACAAAGAUUCAUUUGUAUUUUCUCACCUCCAAUUAGAGCCACAUAUCAUUGCCUAGAAAUUCUUAUAAGUGUUAACUUGUUAAAACCCACAUUAUCGUAAUCGUCAUCAUCAACAUCAUCAUCAUCAACAUCGUCAGCAGCAAUAACAAUGAGCAGUUUUACCAGUUUAAAGGGUUGGUUCCGUAAAAAGGAGCAAAUCUCGGAGAUCGGUAAUCCAACAAAUUUUCAACGACAUUUCCAUGUUUCACGUAACGAAAAAACUGGCGACUUAGAGGGAUUACCAGCUCCAUGGGUGCGUUUAAUGAAUGCCCAAAUUACAAGAGAUGAACAAGAUAAAAAUCCAGAUGCCGCUUAUCAGGCUGUAAAAUUUUAUAAUUAUUCCAUAAAAAAGAAAGAGAAUGAUGUUAUUUUUAAGCCUUUCAUUACCGAAGAGGCCAUACAUGAAGAAUCUAAAGAGAUUGAUAAUUAUGUCAAUUACAAAAAUAAACAUAAAUCGCAGGAUCUUGAGAAAUCUGACGAUGAGCGAUAUAGCGGUGACAGCACGACUACUACAGAGAGCGGCUCAACUACUAGUGGGAAUAGUAGUAAUAAUAGCUUUAAUGAUCAACAACAUACGGCCAUACGUUUAACGGGACUGAAUGAAGUCAUUAAAGAACUUGAGUCUACUUUGGAUGUUCAACGUGAAACUCUUAAGCCUCAGAUCGAUAUAACGGGAGAAUUGCCACCGCCAUUGCCUGCCAAGAAAACACCAUCUUUGCCACCAAAACCCCAAACAAAACCUAAACCACGCGGUAUUACACAAAAAUUAUCGAAAGGUGUUAGCGAUCUUACCGCGAUAUCUACUAACGAAGUGUCCGCGAUAAAUACAGAUACAAUUAUAAUUAAACCAGCAACAGGCACAGCUGAAUCGGCGCUAGAAGGUGACGGCGACGAAACAAUAUUAAGACGUUCCAAGGAUAAAAGAAUUCAAAAAACAGACGCAGAAAUCUAUGAUGAGCUAAGAUCUAUUUGCAAUCCGGACGAUCCGAGAGAACGUUAUAAAACCACUCAAGAAGUGGGCAAAGGAGCAUCCGGUAUCGUAUUUAUCGCGGCCGAUAAACAAACGGAAACUCAAGUGGCUGUGAAAACGAUCGAUUUAAAAAAUCAGUCUUCCAAAGACCUUAUACUUACGGAAAUUCGCGUCCUAAAAGAUUUCAAUCACAAAAAUUUGGUCAAUUUUCUCGAUGCUUAUCUAUUAGAGCCCGAGGAUCAGCUUUGGGUUGUAAUGGAAUAUAUGGACGGAGGUCCUUUAACCGAUGUGGUUACCGAGACUGUUAUGAAAGAGCGACAGAUUGCUUGCGUUUGUCGUGAAGUGUUGUACGCUAUCAGUUUUCUUCACUCAAAAGGAAUAAUACAUCGCGAUAUUAAAUCAGAUAACGUUCUAUUGGGCAUGGAUGGAUCGGUGAAAGUAACAGAUUUUGGAUUUUGCGCUAACAUCGAAGGCGAUGAGAAACGUCAAACUAUGGUGGGCACACCUUAUUGGAUGGCUCCCGAAGUAGUAACGCGAAAAAAAUAUGGAAAAAAAGUCGAUAUUUGGAGUAUAGGUAUUAUGGCCAUUGAAAUGAUAGAAGGACAGCCACCCUAUUUAUAUGAAACACCGUUGAGGGCACUUUAUCUAAUUGCCGCUAACGGUCGACCAGAUAUUAAAAGUUGGGAUAAACUUAGUCUUAAUUUGCAAGAUUUUCUUGAUUGCUGUUUACAAGUCGAAGUCGAUAAACGAGCCACUGCCGAUGAAUUAUUGCGACAUCCUUUCCUUGACGAUUGCAGCGAAGUCAAGGCCUUGGUACCUAAUAUUAAGGCUGCCAAAAAGGUUCUCAGACGUACAUAGAGAAGGUGUGCUAUAGGUAUGUUUGUACGUGCCUAAUAAAUAAUAAUCGUGUGAUUCCUUUGUAUAUACAUACAUAGUAUACAGUAAAGUUUCUGCAAUAAUCUUCGUAUUAAAAAAAAAAAAAA